AUGGGGUGCUUCGUCCACUUUGGGGCCUUGGAUGUAAACAUUGGGAGGCAGAUGAGAUGUGAGGAGAGAGGUUUUGGUGCUGGCGGGAGGCGAGAUGGGGAGCCCGAGGGCAAGCCCCUCACUCGGCUGGCCCUGUUUCCCGGAGAAGCCAGGUUCCAGAGGGCGCAGGCUGCUGGCGUCGGGGAGCAGGUGCAGGACGUGUCUGCCGUGGCGUCUGUGAUGUUUAAGCUUAUAUCCCAGGCAUAUGAAGUGCUUUCGGAUCCAAAGAAAAGGGACAUUUAUGACCAGGGUGGUGAACAGGCGAUUAAGGAAGGAGGCUCGGGCAGCCCCAGCUUCUCGUCACCCAUGGACAUAUUUGACAUGUUCUUUGGUGGCGGGGGACGGAUGGCAAGAGAGAGAAGAGGCAAGAAUGUUGUACAUCAGCUGUCUGUAACUCUCGAAGAUUUAUAUAACGGAGUCACAAAGAAGCUGGCCCUCCAGAAAAACGUAAUUUGUGAAAAAUGUGAAGGUGUUGGUGGGAAGAAGGGCUCUGUGGAGAAGUGUCCCCUGUGCAAGGGCCGCGGGAUGCAGGUGCACAUCCAGCAGGUCGGGCCGGGCGUGGUGCAGCAGAUCCAGACCGUGUGCGUCGAGUGCAAGGGCCAGGGCGAGCGCAUCAGCCCCAGGGACCGCUGUGAGAUCUGCGGUGGUGCCAAGGUGACCCGUGAGAAGAAGAUCAUCGAGGUACACGUUGAAAAAGGUAUGAAAGACGGUCAAAAGAUACUGUUUCAUGGAGAAGGAGAUCAGGAGCCUGAGCUGGAGCCUGGCGAUGUCAUAAUUGUGCUUGAUCAGAAGGAUCAUAGUGUCUUUCAGAGGCGAGGCCACGACUUGAUCAUGAAAAUGAAAAUUCAGCUUUCUGAAGCCCUCUGUGGCUUCAAGAAGAUGAUAAAAACGCUGGACGAUCGCGUGCUCGUUAUUACGUCCAAGGCAGGUAAUGUGAUCGCUUACGGGGACCUGAGGUGUGGGCGAGGAUGCCCACGAUCUGGCGCCCCCCUGGAGAAGGGGACUCUGAUCAUCCAGUUCUUGGUCACCUUCCCCGAGAAACACUGGCUGCCCCCCGACAAGCUCCCCCAGCUGGGCCUCUACCCUGACACAGGUGAGAAGUCCAUGGGCCGGCCCAUGGACCAGGUAGAGCUGAAGGAGUUCGACCCCGGCGAGCAGGGCUGGCGCCAGCACAGGGGAGCCUCACGAGGGGGCGGCGACGGCGGGCAGCGGGCGAGUGCAGUGCCAGGCAGUGGCUGA